AGACGUCGAUGAUCAUUCGUCAAACAAAAUAUUAUUUUUCAUUGUUAUUUUUUCUGUUUAUUCCGUUGAAAGUUGGAUUUUUUGUCUAAUUUUUUUUUUUUUUGCCGGCUUUAGUUUAAUUCCACUGCAUUCUUGGGUUAAAUAUUUAUCUGGCUGAUUUAAAUUUCGGCAACAUGCAAAGUGCUUCAGACAUUCUAUCGUCUUUGUUAUGGUUUAAAGAAAAUAAUUAUACAGACGAUGAAAAUGAUGCUCAAAUAAUAGAGCAAUUUGUACAAAAUGUUGAAGAUUUUAGCUCGCAAUACGGAAGUGAAAUCAGUGUUUCAUAUACUGCAUUUAAUCUUCGUGGACCACCUUCAAAUUUUCCCGACUAUGGAGAUUAUCCACAAGCAUUUGUUAUGAGGACAUAUGGUACAUGGUGGGAUGAGGCACCAUCAGUGCAAGAGGACUAUAUGCCACAAAAUAAAAAUACUAUUUCAAGCCAGGAUUAUGUAGAAGUAUCCUUUGAAAGAGCGGUUUAUCCACUAGAGGUGGCUGUUUUUGAGACUUAUAACCCUGGAGCCUUAGUAAGAAUUUGGGCUUUGGGUCCAGUGUCCUGGAUUUUAUUAUGGGAAGGUGAACCAGAGUAUGCUGGUGAUACACCAAGGAUAUUUAGUCCUCCAAUAAGAGAAAUAAACUAUCCUACAAGAAUACUACGUUUGGAAUUCAACCACAAGCUACUACCAUAUUAUACAGAACUUGAUGCAAUUUUAAUGAGAGGAAGAGAACCACCCAGUGAAAUGAAAAUUAGGAAUAACUUUUCAUAUUCAAGCCUUUUUUAUAAAAGGACUCAGCCCGAGAAAGGUACAUUGUUAAAUAAAGUAAUGGCAUCAAACCUCCAUGAGAAUGUUGUACCACCGGCAAUGAUUCCAAAGACUAAACAAAUUCUCGACACUGGACCUGAGUUGGGUGAUUUUCAACGAUUGCCAGAUGAAACCAUACUAACUGUGAUGAAGUACCUUGAUAUGCAAUCUCUUUGUCGGUGCGCACAAGUCAACAGGCAUUUUCGAAGGCUGGCAUCUGAUGCAAUUCUCUAUCGGAGUAUAGAUUUACGGCCGUAUUGGCACUGUGUUAGGUCACAGGUGUUGAUGACAUUGUCAAAACGUUGCAAGUUUCUUCAAAAACUUGACCUGUCGUGGUGCGGAAGUCACUGUAUGGUUCAACCACAUUUUGUUGUCGAUUUUCUGAAGGACAGCGGCGCGGAGUUAACUCACUUACGGAUGAAUUGUUGCAAAUUUGUCGACAACUCCGUGUUAAGAGCAGUUGUUGCGACAUCGGCUAAUUUGCAAGAAUUAUGUCUUCGCUCUGUAGUUACCUGUUCUGAUUGGGCGUGUCUAGUGACGCUAACGAAAUUAAAAAGAUUAGAUUUAUACAGAACUCAUAUAAAUACAAGCGCCGCUGUGGCUAUAAUACGAGCGAACCCUGGAUUGCAGCAUCUUAAUGUUGGUUCGUGCAAAAUGAUAUCUGGUAUGGAUGAAGUUGCAAUCGCACUUGGGGCUAAUUGCCCGAACCUUAUGUCGGUGGACUUUUGGAAGUCUUACUCUUUAACAGCUGUUGGGAUUCGGGCACUUGGUCAUUGCAAGCAUUUGCAAGAACUGGAUGUUGGGUGGUGCCUCCAAGCGGGCGGUUCGGGUGAAUGGUUAGCGGCGCUAUCUGGUGGAGAACUUCGGAAACUGUUUCUUGGCGCUUUGCGUGGAGUUUGCGAUCGGGACCUAAGGACCUUAUUGCCGCGAGUCAAGAAACUGUCGCAGCUGGAUUUGUUAGGAGUGAGAGCUGUAACACCGGAUAUUUGUUCUGAUAUAUUAGCGGAAUGUCGAGAGCUGAAAUUGCUUGAUGUUAGCUUUUGUGAUCAAAUACACGAGGCACAAGUACUAGAAUGGCGUCGUCAAUAUCCACACGUUAGUAUAAAGCGAUCGUUCCAGUCCGCUAACCUCACAGCGGCUCCAAAUUCAUUAUUUUUAGCACCCAGUCUGGAGUAACUAUUUAAAGUUCAAAGAAAAAACUACGGUUUCUCUGAGAAAAUAUCCAAGGUGUUUAAACAACGAUAAGAUUGUCAAGUCUAAAUAUAAAUUUAAUUAUUAAAAAUUAUUCUAGUGAUUUUGGAAGACUGAAUAGUCAAUUGAAUCUCUCAUAGAUAAGAUAUACAUAUAUUAGAUCUUCUUUAUUAAAGGCAACCGUCAAUUAUCUUAAUAAUUAGAACCAUUAUUAAUUACCGCUAAUAAUUAGCAGUAAGUCCAUGUGUUCAUAUUCCAAUAUGUCACUUAUGACAUACCAAAUGUCAUUGUCAACUGUCAAUAUGUCAAACAUAAUGUAAUGUAAGCUUUAUAUGUUUCAAAGAUUACUUUAUAGUGUUACAAAAUUUAUUAUUACUUAACUGACUGAUACUUAACUGUAUUUUUAAUUAUAAAUUGCGCUUGUCAAAAUUUUAAUCAAAUUUAAUUAUUUUAUUUCUAGCCCCUUUCAAAAGCUAAUUACAGUGUUUUUACUAAAAUACUUAUAUCUCUUUCCAUCUUAGAGUAAUCACAAUUUGACAGGAGACGAAAGAUUAAUUUAGUUAUACUGCAAUUAGACGCAUUUAGUCAAAAAGGAAAUUCGCUAGCUAAAUUUGGAAUUGGCGUUGUUACUUACCGUUUUCAUAAUGCUUUAAUAUAAAAUCUAGUUCUGCUAGUUCAAGUAAUAAUACUUAGAUAGUAUCUGCUGGUUCCGAAUCGGCUUAACUACUAAGCUACACACACUAAGGAUUUUAUGUACUUACUAGGAAAAAGGCUAAAAUGGUACGCCCAGUCACAGAUUAUACGUACAAAAUAGCCGUAAAAACUAAAAAGUGACCGAAUUUUUGAUCGCCUACGACAUAUGUCGAACUUUUCUCAUCAAAGUUUUAGCUACAUUAGGAAGAACGUUGCCUUAUCAAGGCAAUUAAUAAAAAUUCCAUUUAAUGUAUAUCUAAAUGUUACAACGAAUGCAGCAGUGCAGUAAAUUCUACUGGUACAAUAAUAAUGGUUAAUUUUAAUUACACAUUUUUAUCAACCGCGUAAAAAAUUAACUAAGUUAUGUGAAUAUUUUACUUAUAUAUUUGCAGCUGAUUACAUGAGUGUUUUGAAUAUAUUUAAUUAUUAAUUACACUAAUUAUCACACCGCCUGAUAAAUUGGAUAAUAUUAUCUAUUUUACUUAUUAAUUAUUAUAAGGACAUUGAAUUUGAUUGCAACACUGAUUAUUGAAAUUACUUAAGAGUCUGUGGAGAAAGAGAGAACGGGUUUGGAAACCGCUGUACUACGCUUUUUGUGUUGACAGCAAUGAUUAGUCAUGUCAUAUUUUUUUCUUUGUGAAUAGAUUAAGCGACGCGGAGAUAGAUUAGAUAUCAUUACCGCUACACUGGUUCUCUUUCCGCACAGACUAUCUGUGUUCAUUGUAUAUUCUAAGAGAUACAUAAGUCUGCAUAAUAUAGGCGUAUUUUAAGAGGUAUGGGAUGCGGUGCAAUUCCCCUAAUUAUAAUUCAGUCAUAGUAUAAGUGCUGUUUAUACAACGAAAUAAAUCGGCUGGAAGGGCCUUUUAUUAUAUAUUUUAUAUAUAAAAUAUCAUUGUGUUAUGACACGGUCCGCUAGCUUGUGCGCUACUAAAACUUUUCCAUACUUAUUUAUUUCGUGGUUUUUACUCAUACAAGGAACUUUUCGCGGCAAAAAUCUGAAGAAGCGCCAUCUUGUGGGUACAUGUUCUUGCAUACCCAGGCACGGUAGUAUUACUAUCAUUGUGGAGUUUUUAGACUUAAGUAUGCCGAUGAGUCCAAAGGUACUUGUAUGUUGUAGAAUAUUUUAUAUAAUAAAGUUUUGAAAAAUA